UUCCUGCGCUCAGGUUUGCGCACAACUUAAGCACCUGCAAGUUUCUGUGUGUGCGUGCUGUUUUCACUGGACGAUGUUCAAACUCUGAGAAAGAAAGAGAGAGUGAGGGAGAGAGCGCAUUACGCCAUCCUUCCCUCUUGGAAAAAAGUGGGAUUUGAAACAAGUCUCUUACAAGAUAUCAAGCAGAACCGCUGGACUUCAACGAGAGACACUGCGCUUUUGCACCUACUCUUGGAUCUCCACUCCGACAGAGCUGGAUCACUAUGGUUCUGAAGAGAGGGGCACAUGGCAAUGGUUUGCGCAGAGUAAUCGAUCAGACGUUUCCAAAGCUUCAUUUUUACCUCUCCAACCCCGUUCAUGGUAGUUCGCCAAGAGCUGUUGGUCAUUUCUCCAUCACCGAAACUCAGAGGAAGAUCAGAGGAUGAAAGUUCUGACUAGUCUCCCUCUUUUACUGGGCUUCUGGACUCUGUUAUACCUGGUCUUCAUCCCGCAAGCGCUCUCCCUCGCCGGCGUGGCCGGUCACAGGGGCACGGGAGCGGUCAUACCCAAUCCGCGGUUACCGGUGGCGCGCAACGGGACGACGCUCGUUAAGCCCUCUGACAACGCGAAGAUCUCUCGCAUCCGGGCUGGUCCACCUCUGAUAAAGUCCGAGACUAUCCCGGCUCGCGCCUCGGUACCUGUGAGUUUAGGGCGCAGGGAGGCCGCGCGCUCUUUGGUACCCAAGGAUGCGGCGAGAGUCUCAUCCUCUUCCAGCAUCCAGCACCAAACGGGACACAAUAAAGGAGUUUCUAAAACGCCAGCUGCAAUCAGGGCCGGUCAGCUCAAUCCUGGCGUGAUGAAAAGCAUCGCACCAGCACCUGCCCAUCUGAGAGCGAAAGGCGCAGUUAAACUGGAGGACAGUGAGGAACCCAAACACCCUUUAGUGACGCCCCAUGACUACAUGCUGUCCCUGUACUGGUCACUGACCAGCGGCGAGGUCAAUACUAGUGUCUUGCACGAGGCUGGGAUGGCCAAUACCAUCACCAGCUUUGUAGAUAGAGGACAAGACGAGCGAGCGCCCCUGCUGAGACGCCAGCGCUACCUCUUCAACAUCAGCUCGAUGGAGAAGGAGGGUCUGUUGGGCGCAGAGCUGCGCAUCCUCCGAAAGAAACACAUGGACUCUCGUAAGGCCGCGUUUGAGGGCAUGGUAGCUCUGAGACUGUACACCUGCGCGUCAGGUAAGCACAGAGGUCUACUGGUGCACAGUCUUCGCAUCGACCCUCACAGCGCCCCUUACUGGGAAGUGUUUGACAUCUGGAAACGGUUCAAAGACUUCAGAAACGCUCCUCAGCUUUGCUUUGAGCUGGAAGCCGUAGAUCAAGGACGACCGCUUGACUUGCGAUUACUCGGCCUGGGCCGAGCGGGAAGGCAGACCAAGGAGAAAGCCUUCUUUGUGGUGUUCGGGCGUACAAAAAAGCGAGGGCUCUUUUACAACGAGAUCAAAGCCCGUUCAGGUCACGACAACAAGACGGUGUACGAGUACCUCUUCACCCAGCGACGGAUGCGUCGGGCACCGUUGCCUCGUGGGAAAAAGCCACCCAAGAACCAAACCAAACAGCGCUGCAACCGCAAGCAGUUGCACGUCAACUUUAAGGAAAUGGGCUGGGACGACUGGAUCAUCGCUCCACUGGAGUACGAGGCCUUCCACUGCGACGGUGUCUGCGACUUUCCCAUACGCUCCCAUUUGGAGCCUACCAAUCACGCCAUCAUCCAGACUCUCAUGAACUCCAUGGAUCCCAGGUCCACGCCACCGACCUGCUGCGUCCCCACCAGACUCAGCCCCAUCAGCAUUCUGUACAUCGAUUCCGCCAAUAAUGUGGUGUACAAGCAGUACGAGGACAUGGUGGUGGAGAGCUGUGGUUGCAGGUAGCGAGAUAUGAAGAACCUUUCUGGUCUUCUUCAUGACUUCCAGACUUUCUUUGACAAGAGUUUUAUUUUAUUGCCAAAAUCAAGAGUACGACUUCCGUUUGUGGAUCAGCUUUAGAAACAGGGAACAGGGUUGUGCACCAUUCAGAAUUGCAUUGAGAUUGUCUUUUAAAUUCCAGUUCAAUUCUUGAAUUAGAAUUAUGGUAGCAAACAGGGUGCAGAAUUGCAAUUUGAAGGUUAAUGUAAGGAAGUAUAAUUAAAAUGAACUGGAAUUCAAAAGAAGUCCAAAAACCUGUCAUUUUAACCAGAUAAGCAAAUGUUGGCAAGACAAACUUUGAUUACUGGAUUGACUAAGCUUUGUUUGAAAGUUUUGAGAGGGAGCUUUAAAAGAAGUGAUAUUUAAAGGUUGAACUUUUAACAUGCUAUAUUCCAGUAACCUUUAAGGAUAUUUAAGAAAAUUACCUGAAACAAAAAUGU